AUGUUGUCAAGGCGUAUCCUGACCUCCGGACUCACUGCUGGUACCAGAUCGGUCCACUCUUCUGCUGCUCGACCAGCUUCAGAGGCGAUCAACAGGUACUCGAAAACCAUCACCGAACCAAAAUCGCAGGGUGCUUCUCAGGCGAUGCUCUACGCUACUGAUGGAGUCAACAACGAUGAAGAUCUGAAAAAAGCCAUGGUCGGUGUAGCCAGUGUUUGGUACGAGGGUAACCCUUGUAACGGUCACAUUCUGGGUCUCGGUCAAAGAGUCAAGAAGUCGCUGGGAGAAGCUGGUCUUAUUGGUUAUCAGUUCGGUACCCCUGCCGUCUCCGAUGGUAUCAGUAUGGGAACAUCAGGAAAGAGUGUAUGUGGUGGACACUGGCUCGAUGGUGCAGUUGUCAUUCCCGGUUGUGACAAGAACAUGCCUGGUACCUUGAUCGCUUUGGGACGACUCAACAGACCUGGGUUGAUGGUUUACGGUGGUACUAUCAAACCCGGUCACUGCAAUGGAGAAACCCUCGACAUCGUAUCUGCUUUCCAGAGUUACGGUCGAUUCCUUUCUGAGGGUCAAACCGAAUCUGCGGAGAAGACUAGAUAUGAUACCGUUAGAAACGCCUGUCCCGGUUCUGGAGCCUGUGGAGGAAUGUACACUGCCAAUACCAUCGCAUCAUGUGCCGAAGCUCUUGGUAUGACCGUCCCCGGAUCCUCCUCAUCCCCCGCAGAAUACCCUGAAAAAUUGGCUGAAUGUGACUCGAUCGGAGGAGUUAUGCGAAACUUGCUCGAAAACAACAUUCUGCCCAGGCAGAUCAUGACACGAGAAGCAUUCGAAAACGCUAUGGUGAGUGGUUAA